AAAUCUCAUAAGAAGAAAAGCUAGAGCUGUUUGGUGUACUUUUAAGACCCACAACUAAAAGCAAUGCUUGAAUUUUCUGAGAAGUUGACAUUUGUUGUGGCAGUGGCUCUGGCCGUCAUGGCUUUGGGGAGUUCAUCCCCAGUGGUGGGUCCUGAGCCCAUCCGCUGCGCUCCUUGUACGCAGCAGAAGCUGAGCAACUGUCCUGCAGUCUCUGCUGACUGCAAGCAAAUGCUGAGGGAGCCUGGCUGUGGUUGCUGCAUGGCAUGCGCUCUGGAGAAAGGUGCUUCCUGUGGUGUUCACACAGCCCACUGCGGUGAGGGGCUCCGCUGCACUCCUAGGCCGGGUGAGACCAGACCACUCCAUGCCCUGACCAGAGGACAGGGAGUGUGCACUGAUGACGAGGGACAAGAAGCAGGGGAUGAAGUCCAAGAACAUGGCUCUGCGCACUACCUGUUAGGACUUAACCUCCCCUCUGACCACCAAGACACAGCUGAGAUGCAUGAGAGCUUGAAAGCCAGAGUUAACGCCAUCCGCAAUAAACUGGUACAGCAGGGUCCCUGUCAUGUUGAACUGCACGCAGCACUGGAUAUGAUUGCCAGCUCUCAGCAGCAAUUAGGAGAUAAGUUCACAACCUUUUAUCUCCCGAAUUGUGACAAGCAUGGCUACUACAAACCCAAGCAGUGCGAGUCAUCUCUGGUUGGACCACCUGUUCGCUGCUGGUGUGUUUCUUCUUGGAAUGGGAAGAAGCUGCCAGGAACCAGCGACCUUCUCGCCGAUGCCCACUGCCAACAAGAAGUUGCUCUCUAGGAUAUUAAUUUUCUGACAUAAACAUAUGAAACUGUGUUGAAUAACUUUACCUUUAAGUAAAUACAGUAUGUAAAACUAGCCUAAUGAACAAAAAAUGUAAAAUUAUGUCAGAUGAAAAUGCCAUCUAUUUUAUGAACAUUAUGUAUAACAUUAUUUAUUCUUUGAUGUAUCUCACAGUUAUUAUCAGUGUAUUUUUAAAAGCAUGUUUGCAAGUUUUUGGCCAAGUGAAUAACUCCAUUACUCAAAACAAUAGGUCUGCAGCUCCACCAAAGUAAGUUUGAUUAAUUAUAACUUGCAAAUACACAAUAGGCCAUUCAUUUAAGCUGUUGACCAUUUCUUGAAUAAAUGUUCACUUAUUCAAAGGGGAUUCUUAAAGUGGCAUAUUCUGGCUGAGCACAAAUAUAGAAGACUAUCCAAGAUGCUGUACGUUUUUGCAUGCACUGCUCAUUUUGUCUACCUCUCCUUGCAUUUGCAGGUUCUUUGACUAUGAUUAAUGGUUGCAUCUGUUGUAUUUAUUCAUGUCUGUAUACGAGUUUGAUGUAAAAAAAAAAAAACAUACACAGUACACUGGUUUAAGUGUUAUUGAAGUACUGCUAUCCUGAUGUUGUUUUUCUUAAUGAAGCAUUGUACAUAAUACUUCUAAAUGUAUAUAAUAAAACAUUUCAUCAAGUUU